AAAUUUUAGAAGGACACUCCGUGAAUAAUAUAUAUUGGAUCGACGAUCUCAAUCUCGUUUCUCUUCUCACAAUUUGAUUCUGCUGUCCAAGCACAACACAAAUUACAGUAGUAAAAUUGGGUAAGUUGUUCCGAUCUCAUAAUAUUCCCCCAGAUGUUGAGGUAAUUUGUGCUUAUGGAAGACCCCAAUAGACCCGUCACGGGCUAUCCCGUCAAUCCCAAUGGUUACUCCGCUAAUCCGCCGCCUGCCGGCACCGCCUAUCCCUACGUCGCCCCCAAUUCCUACACCAGUUACCAAAACUACCCAUACUCCCAACAAAGUUACCAAGCUGAUCCUGACUUGGUCCGACGCGCCACCUUUCUCCGCCGCAUCUUUGCGUUCAUUAUAGGAGUCGUCGUCAUCUUCGGUACAAUCACCUUCAUUGUCUGGAUUGUCCUCCGCCCCCAGCUUCCUGAGUUUCGGGUCGACUCAUUUUCGUUCUCCAAUUUUACUAUUAACAACGGUUCUCUUGUUUCAUUUACCUCGGAAGCCCGGCUUACUGCUCGGAACCCGAACAAGAAAAUGACAGUUGAUUACGAUAAUAUCGAAGCCUUGAUUUUUUACAAAUCACAGACCCUCUCGGAUACUACUGUUCCACCCUUUUUCCAGGAUACCAAAAACGAGACGUCAUUAAACGCCAAUUUCGCUGCCGCUGGGAGUUUCGUGGAUAAGUGGGCAGUGGAUGGGAUAAAUAAUGAGAGGAAUGCGAAUGGGAUUGUGGGGUUCAACUUGAGGAUGCUUGCAAGGGUUAGGCUCCAGGCAAAGGCAUGGACGACGAGAAACAGGUUGCUGAAGGUGUUUUGCGGUGAUUUGGCUGUUGGAUUUCCGAGUAAUGGAAGAUCGGGAACAUUAACCAGUGGGCCAAAGAAGUGUCGUGUUGGGAUUUGAGUUUGGUUAGAAAUGCUAAUUCGCUGUUUGACUGGAAGCUCUCUGUUCAGUACCGCGUAGCUUGAGCUGGUGGGACAAAUAUUUUUGCAACUUCUUGGAAGUUAUAUAGUCUAGACAUGUUGGUUUGGGAUAAGAUUUAAGCUUCCUGUUCAUAAUAUCACCUAUUCAUUUUCAUUAGCCAUUUGAAAGAAUCCUAGUUGCCAGAUCUAGCCUGGAACAAAAUGUAAUAGAGGAGAAGGAUUCAUGUGGUCGGAGUAAAGCUCGGUUUGUCAUAGCAUACUCUGGAAUUGAAAUUUGUCUGUGAAUUUGCCUUCGGAUGCUCUGGAAAGUGUUC